GACUUGAAGGGGUGGAUUUUUCAAAGCAAUGAGGGGCAGAUCUUAAGAAAACUACAGAUUAUCAUCUCCUCCCUGGCACACCCAAGUCUACAACAGUAAGUAAUUUGAUUACUAUCACUGGAUAGAUUGCACUCCCAAUGGUUAACUAAUUAUUUAAGGGUUCUUUAGAUCUGGAGUUGCUCUGUGUGCAUGUGUGUUUAACCCCCGGGUCAUUUAGAAAUUAAAGUCUUUUGUAAACUUUGUAAUUUCACAGAUUUCCUAUUUUCUUAAAAGUUCAUUUUGAGUGAAAUGUUUUGGCAACUCACGCUCUAUAGGAAAUCCAAGUUGGCCGACAGUCUUUAGGUGAGUGGUUACACAGGGAAGAAUAGAAACCUGUUAAGUCCCCACAUCUCUCAAUGAGAGCUGCCUGCGUGCCUUGCCUUCUAAACUGAAGCCCUCAGUCUUAAUGUUUAAGUAUUAAAAGUGAUAUACAUCCAAGAAAUUUUAUGCCACAAACCCCCCUCCCAAGAAAUGACUGUCAACAGCAAAGCUGUGGAGCAUGUCCUAGAACAGAGAGUGAAGGACAGUAAACCUAAGCUUGUUAUGGAAGGUAGAGUGGGAGUUGUUGGGAGGUGACUGUAGCAUCCACUGAAAGGCACAGAUCAGGCGAAUGUUACCAGCCCGUGUCAUACGUCUGCAAGGAAUUUUCCUUCAUUUUUACAUAUGCUCGUGGAAAUGCCAAGUACAACAGCAAUUCCUGGGACAAGGAAUUUUCUUCACAGUGAACAUGAAGAUAAAAACGAGAUCAUUACUUGAGUUUAAGCAUGAGCCGCACCGCCUACACUGUGGGAGCCCUGCUUCUCCUCUUGGGGACCCUGCUGCCAGCUGCUGAAGGGAAAAAGAAUGGGUCCCAAGGUGCCAUCCCUCCACCAGACAAGGCCCAGCACAAUGACUCGGAGCAGACUCAGUCGCCCCAGCAGCCUGGCUCCAGGAACCGGGGGCGGGGCCACGGGCGGGGCACGGCCAUGCCCGGGGAGGAGGUGCUGGAGUCCAGCCAGGAGGCCCUGCAUGUGACAGAGCGCAAAUACCUGAAGCGAGACUGGUGCAAGACCCAGCCGCUCAAGCAGACCAUCCACGAGGAGGGAUGCAACAGCCGCACCAUCAUCAACCGCUUCUGCUACGGCCAGUGCAACUCCUUCUACAUCCCCAGGCACAUCCGGAAGGAGGAAGGCUCCUUCCAGUCCUGCUCCUUCUGCAAGCCCAAGAAAUUCACCACCAUGAUGGUCACACUCAACUGCCCCGAACUACAGCCACCCACCAAGAAGAAGAGGGUGACGCGAGUGAAGCAGUGCCGUUGCAUCUCCAUUGAUUUGGAUUAAGCCAGGACAGCCCGCCUGUCCUAGGGAUGCAGCCCCAGGCGGGCCCGGAGCCAGACCUAACACAACCUGAUUCGAACUUGGCUUAAGCCCAGAGGCGAGAAGAACCAUCAGCUGCCUUCCGACAGGCACCCACUAGUGCGUAGUCUGUGUGCAUGAGUGUGCGUGGGUGCCUGUGGCUGUUUGCAGACACCAGAGGAAACACAGUCUCUGCUAGAGGGCACUUCCUAUUACCGAUGAAUCUGCUCCCAGAAGGGAGGGCACCGAAAGCCCAUGCCACCCCGGCACAUCAGAGGGGCAGGUCCGAGCUCUGGUUCUGCCUUUGUCUCCCUAGGGCCCAGAAUCUCCCUUUAGAAUGAAUGUUAAUGGAAGAGGUGACUCUGAGGGCAGGAGACCUGUUUCAGUGCCGUAUCAGACUUGGAAGAGGUAUUUCAAUCCAUGCUUGCUUCCUGCCUUCCGCCUCCCUUCCAUAGCCCACCCUUUCUUAGGAUCUCAGUGACUACUUCAGUCUAAUCUAUUUGCCAAGGGUUCUAAAUUAACUCACUUGACCACAGAUGCAGAUGUUUCCCAUCUUUGGAAGACCUUUAGGACUCUGGGGGAGGCUGGUGUGGGCAAGCGCAAGGACAGAGGAGCGAGAGAAGGGAGGGAUUGAACGUGAGGAUCACUUGGGCCCUUAGGGAGAUAGACGUGCAGGGUCUCGGAAGGCCAACGCCAAAACACAGUGAGACCCACCCGUUAGCAAGUUUUUUCCCGGAAUUUAACAGAACUCGAGUGAACAGAGAAAAAAUGAAAUUGCAAAAAAUAAGAUCAUUAACUUUGGCUGUCACUCUUGAGUUGCUGAAACCAGUUGGAACCCAGUAUCCAAAUUUAAAACGUAAAUACUAACCACUCCUAGUUUCUGAACCAAGUGAAUGAGCUAAAUCAAAACAGCCCCUUCCUGCUUUGUCCCUCAGGUGGGCAGUAGAAGUAGCUCAGUACCCCCUACGCAGGGGUAGGAAAAAAACCAAAACCUCAUAGGCAGAAGGUCCUAAUUCCUUUUGCUUGGUUAUACUCACCUCUUUCCCAGUUCAUUAUAUCCGUGUAAUGCUUCUGAGAGCCACACCCUGUGUUGUAAAGAUUCUGCCUCUGCUGAGUGCCCUUGACAGAGGAACCAGGCUGAGAGGAGAGAGUUUGGGGCCUGCUCCAUUUUAGCUGUAAGUAUACUUUGGGUCUCUGUUUUAGCCAUUGAUAGAAGUUUGAGCUGAGGAGCAGAUUGCCUCUGUCCAAGGAGUAGUUUAAUGCCUGGGAGAUGUGAGGGAUAUGGCCCCCCCUCCUUCCUUGCCCUCUGAGGACCUGCUGGGAAGCGCAGGUCAGAAAUCAGAGCAUUUGGGUUCAUUAGCUGUCCCCCUACUGCUGGUGGGAUUCAUGCAACAUUGCAAUUCUUCAGAACCUACUGGUAGAUGCUGUCCUCUGAUUAAACUUGGGCUACUCACAAUACUUAUUUAGGAUUUAUCGAAUGGCCACAGUGUGGUAUGGGUGAACCUUACUGCAUUUUGGGUUCAGCUAACCUGUCCUCUUGUAAACUGCACCCCCCCCCAACACUUUUUUUUUUUUUGCUUUGUUUGUAUCGUCUCAGCCUCACCAGCAAGUCAUGUGUAACAUGGGAAACCAACACCUUAGACUUGUGUUUCAGUUGCCGAUCAAGGCUCCAGCAUGCAAAGGCCCAUUGCAACUAAAGAGGCUGUUUUUGUUUUAUUUUUGUUUUGGUUCAGUGUUCUCCCAUCUAACAACUAAACAGGAACCAUACUUUGCGGCAGAAGUUAUUUUGAACACCCAAAAUUUGGGGUCUAAUUUUAAAACUUUUAAACUCACUACUGAUGAUCCUACUACACAAGGCAAAUUUGUGCGAACACACAGUCUGUGCAUUUCGUAUACACUGUACGCCCCUGCCCUAAAUCUUUCUAUCAUCCACAUCCUCCAACAAUAAAGCACAGAAUGGAUUUAAUUAAGCACACAAAUGCUACGCCAGAAUCUUGAGGGUGGGAGAGAGGAAGAGAAAGGGGAAGGAACUGAAAAUGUAAAACCAUACUUGAGAGGAAAAAUGACAUUCAGAACCAGCAGACACUGAAUUUCUCUUGUUUUAACCCUGCCACAAGCAUGCAAUUGUGUUAAAAAGAGAUGACUUAAGUUGGCAGCAGUAAUCUUCUUUUAGUAGCUUGUACCACACUCUUGCGUGUAAGUUGAAUUUGGCUUAGAUAAAGAGAAUUUCCUCAAAAUGAACUUCACUGCGAUAAUCAGCAGCAUAACUGCCCUAAAAGCACAUAACUAGCCAAAGAGGGAACCGUCUGCUUUUCUUACUGUGCCUAUAUUAAGACUCACACAAGUACAGUGUGUCUCCCAACAUUUACUGAAAGUGCCAUCUCUGUUACAUAUUGUAUUGGAGUCACCAAUGAUGUACUGAUAUGUUUUUAAUUACUAUAGUAAAAUCUUUUUAAAUGGCAAGAUAUUUGCAAUCUUGAUCUUUCCUAUUAAAACAAUGCCAGACACCAAAUAUGAAUUUUAUGAUGUACACUUUGUGCCUGGCGUUGAAUGAGAAAAAACACACAUCCUGCAAGUCUCUAAGUUUUUCUGUUGUUGUUGUUAUUGUAGUUCUUCAAAGUUCAAAGUGUAAGCGAAAAAUCUGGAGGAAAGGAUAAUUUCCACUGUGUGGAAUGUGAAUAGUUAAACAAAAAGUUAUGGUUAUUUAAUGUAAUUAUUAAUUCAAAUCCUUUGGUCACUGUGAUUUCAAGCAUUUUUUUUUCUCCUUUAUUUGACUUCCUUUGAGUUGAGCAAAGAAGAGGCGGGCACAUUGUAUGCUGUUGGAAGCUUUUAUCAGAUCAGAGGGAAAUAAUAAAAUCUGGACACAUCUGAACAUGCAUUACAGAGUCAAGAGCUGAGCUUUUAUAAAUUUUUAAUUUAAUGUUCCUUAAAGGUUAACAUUUCUGAGGCAAUAUUAAGCAUAAUUUUAAAUGUUAUUUUGGAAGACUUAUGAUGUGUGUGUAUAAACAAAUAGCGGAUAAUAAUGAAUAGUUCACAAGUCCUUUUAAGGAGAAAAUCUAAAAUGAAAAAUGUGUGUGCAGAACAUUUAUAAGUGACAAGUUAACAUGUAAGAGUGAAAGUUCUAUUGAUUUGUCCUUCUCAAGAUAUUUAAUAUCAACUGCAUUGUGUAUUAUGUCUGCUUUAAUCAUUUAAAAACAACAGAGGAUUAUAUAGACUAUGAUUGAGGUACUUUGCUGUGUAUGAAGAUGAGAAGGGACUUGAUAGUAUCAUGAAAAGUUAAUUUGGUUUAAAGCAAAGUUUUAUGAAUCUGUAACUAGAAUGUAAUUUCACCCAAAUUAUGUUCUAUAUAACCUUUCCCGAAGAGCAAUAAAUCGAACCUCUUCUCUC